AUGCAGCCGACGCAAUACAUACUCGUUUCGCUACCCCUCAGGAUCUUCGACGAUGACCCUCUAACAGGCCUGGCUGCGACGGUCGGACGGGACAAUGGCGAGACGCUGCCGUUUCCGAUACCCUCUUUCAAGAUUGGAACCCUUGAUGCGCUGGUGCAGCACGCAGAUGACCUUGCGAAGCUCAACGCCGCAUGCGAAGCCGCCGUCGCGAAAGUGGCCGACUCGCUCAAGAGUAUUCUAGAUGGGGAUGAGGACAAAGCUGCGCAGCAGAAGAUGGUCAACGACAAGCCCACAGAUCAAUACCUCCGCACCUUCCAGUGGAACAAGGUCCGAUACCGAGCCGACCGGCCGCUGGGGGAGCUGAUUGAGAACCUGCAAAAAGAAUUGCAGAAUAUCGAUAACGACAUCAAAGGAAAGUUCAAUCAGUACAACAAUAUCAAGACCACGUUGGCGACAUUGCAGAGAAAGCAAACAGGAAACUUGUCUACCAAGUCACUGACGCCCAUCGUCGACCCAAGCCUACUUGUUCAGGACUCGGAGUACCUGGAAACCCAUCUCAUUGCCGUACCGACGAACGCGCGCAGGGACUUUAUACGCAGCUAUGAGACGCUCACCCCCAUGGUGGUGCCACGGUCGUCCAUCCAGGUUGCCCAGGACGACGAAUUCACCCUGUUUGCGGUGACAAUGUUCAAGAAGACCAGUGCCGAGUUUCUGCAGAAGUGCCGGGAACAGAAGUGGACGCCUCGGCAGUACAAGUACGUGGAAGGCGGCAGGGAAGAGGAGCAACGUGAACUUGAUCGCGUCGCCAGGGAGGAGAAGAAGAUCUGGGGCGAGGCGUUGAGGCUGGGCCGGACGGGCUGGAGCGAGACCGUCAUGAUCUGGACCCAUGUUGUGACACUGCGGGUCUUUGUCGAGACGGUCCUGAGAUACGGCUUGCCGCUGGAAUUCGUCUGUGCGCUUGUCAAGACAACGCCAAAACAAGCAAAGAAGGUUAAGACGGCGUUGGACUCAGCAUAUUCAUUCCUCGGCGGAAAUGCGUUUGGGAGGGAUAAACGAGGACGAGUCACCAAAGAUGACGCAUCACUAACGUCUGAGAUGGCUGCCGCUGGCUUGGGGGCGGCCGAGGGCAGCGAGUACACGGCAUAUGUGUACUACGAAAUCGACUUUCCAUGA